CCGCCUUCUGCACCGAGGCUUCAGGGGCUUCCGCCUCAAUACCUUCCAUUCGCGGAGCCGGCCGCGUCGUGAGGGGGCGGAGGCGGGGAGUUGGGUGACUGUGUGCAUCCUGGCUUCCUGAGAAGAGAAGAUGUCGGACAUCGGGGACUGGUUCAGGAGCAUUCCGGCCAUCACGCGCUAUUGGUUCGCUGCCAGCGUCGCGGUGCCCUUGGUCGGCAAACUCGGCCUCAUCAGCCCCGCGUACUUGUUCCUUUGGCCCGAAGCCUUCCUCUAUCGCUUCCAGGUCUGGAGGCCAGUCACUGCCACGUUUUACUUCCCUGUGGGCCCGGGAACUGGAUUUCUUUACUUGGUCAAUUUAUAUUUCUUGUAUCAGUAUUCUACACGACUCGAAACAGGAGCUUUCGAUGGGAGGCCAGCCGACUACUUAUUCAUGCUCCUGUUUAACUGGAUCUGCAUCGUGAUUACUGGCUUAGCAAUGGAUAUGCAGCUGCUGAUGAUUCCUCUGAUCAUGUCAGUCCUGUAUGUCUGGGCCCAGCUGAACAGAGACAUGAUUGUAUCAUUUUGGUUUGGAACACGAUUUAAGGCCUGUUAUUUACCCUGGGUUAUCCUUGGAUUCAACUAUAUCAUUGGAGGCUCGGUAAUCAAUGAACUAAUCGGAAAUCUUGUUGGACAUCUUUAUUUCUUCUUAAUGUUCAGAUACCCAAUGGACUUGGGAGGAAGGAAUUUUCUAUCCACACCUCAGUUUUUGUACCGCUGGCUGCCCAGCCGGAGAGGAGGGGUCUCAGGAUUUGGUGUACCCCCUGCCAGCCUGAGGCGAGCUGCUGAUCAGAAUGGUGGUGGUGGGAGACACAACUGGGGCCAGGGCUUCCGGCUUGGGGACCAGUGAGGAGCGGCCUUGGCCUGCCCGCCAGCCGCCAGCCUCUCUGCUCAGAUGCCGUUUCUUCACAGUGCUGGGUGUGCUUCACAGCUGAGUUCUAGCUAAUAUCGUUGGACCUGGCCCACACCGAAUGUAGUCUUUCGAUACAAGACAACGUUUUUUAAAUCCUGAAGAAAAAUAUAAGUGUUCCUCCAGAUCCGUGAUUCUCACUGAAGUCCUUACUGCUGUGAAGAACAAUAGCAACUGUGCAAAUUUCAAAACUGA